GUUAGCAUAAGAACAAAUAUUUUAUCAGAAUAUCUAGAAUUAUUUUCCAAAUGAAAAUAUUUCUUGCAGAAUUACAAGUCUGGCCAUUUCGACGGCUGCAUUCUAAUUGUUCUAAACGCCAACACGUGCUACUGCUUGUUUAAUGCAUUAUUUACCUUGGUUUGGUGCAAUAUUUCGAAGAGCGUAUAUAUAAAUAAACAAAUAAAUGGAGCCUGGAAUUUGCUAUAUCAAAGAAGAGUAUCUGGUGCCGGAGAAUAGAAAGCCAACAAUAUCGGCGGAAUCUGCUGAGCAGGACAACAAAAGAAAAUCAGCUGAACAAAAUGAUAAUGAAGUGGGAAAAGCACAAAAAUAUCAAAAGACAAGUAAAAAGGAACGUAAGCGUGGUCAAAAUAAAAACCGUCCAGUAUUCAAGCAGGACAGCGCGUUAUCUUUAUGUCACUCCUUAAUGAAUGGUCCGGAUUUGGAAAAAUGCCCACACCCAAAUUGCCGAUAUGUGCAUGACUUAACUGCAUACUUGGCAUCUAAGCCCGAAGAUUUGGCUGAAAAAUGUCCAGUUUUUGAUGCUUUAGGAUAUUGUGCACGCGGAGUGACUUGUCGCUUUGCUAAAGCACAUCUAGAUGCGGACGGGCGUAAUAUUAAGUCCUCGGAUUAUGACGAAAAUAAAGCGCGCACAAGUGUUAAUGGCAUAACAAGUGAACUUCAAGUUCGUCUGCGUAAACGUGAGUACGAUUUUACACUGUGCAAAGAAUUAGUUAAUAAAGCGGAUAAAUUGCGCGAUGAACGAAAAAAGAAAUUAGAUAAUGGCGCGGAUAAACCGGAAGAUGAGAGCAAUACAACUGACACUAAAGAUGCUGCUGAAGAAACGGCAGUUUUGAAGAUACAUAUUGCCACUGACAAACCGCUUGGUGCAGUCGUCGAUGACGCAGAUACGGCCGGACGUGAUGCGGCACGAAAACCACCUGUUGAUUUCACAGAAAAACUCAUACUCUCCCCAUUAACUACCGUAGGAAAUUUACCAUUUCGGCGUAUCUGCAAGGAAUUCGGCGCUGAUAUAACAUGUGGUGAAAUGGCUUGUGCUGUACCCAUUGUCAAAGGACUGACACAAGAAUGGGCGCUUACAAAGCGACACAUAAGCGAAGAUGUAUUCGGCGUACAAAUUUGUGGUAAUAAUCCAAAUAUUAUAGCACAAGCUGCACAAUUACUUCAAGAAACAACUAGUAUUGACUAUAUUGAUCUCAAUAUUGGUUGCCCAAUUGAGCUAAUCUACCAGCAUGGUGGUGGUAGUGCGCUUAUGCGGCGCACUAACAUACUUGAAACAAUUGUACGCUCCUGUUCAACGCUAUCAUCUCAAAUACCAUUCACGGUAAAGAUGCGUACAGGCGUUUAUGCGGAUAAAAGUGUGGCACACGAACUGUUGCCAUUGGUGGAGGAGUGGGGUGCAGCGGCAGUGACGUUACAUGGGCGCUCGCGUGAGCAACGUUAUACCAAAAGCGCCAAUUGGCAGUACAUUGAAGAAUGUGCGGCGAAAGCAAAGCAUAUGCCGGUUAUAGGUAAUGGUGAUAUUUUAAAUUUCGAGGACUACAACGAGAAAAGGAAAAUGGCGCCACAUGUUUCCUCCGUUAUGAUUGGACGCGGUGCUUUAAUCAAACCGUGGAUUUUCAAAGAAAUCAAAGAACAAAAACCAUGGAACCCAAAUUCCAGCGAACGCUUUGAACUUCUACGCAAAUAUGUCAACUAUGGCUUAGAGCACUGGGGCUCUGAUACAAAAGGUGUAGAGAAUACACGUCGUUUUCUACUGGAAUGGCAAUCAUUUCUAUACCGUUAUAUACCAUAUGAACUUUUGGCCCAACCACCGCAGCAAAUCAAUCAACGACCGCAAAAGUUUCGUUGUCGUGAUGAAAUGGAAACGCUUAUGAGCUCACCCAAUUCCGCGGAUUGGGUGCGUUUAAGUGAAAUGCUUUUGGGACCAGUACCUGUUGGUUUUGAAUUUGUGCCAAAGCAUAAAGCUAAUGCAUACUAGAUAUUAAGUAUUUAAAUGCGUGUGCAUGAUAAAUAUUAGGCAAGCAAAUUUUCUUACAUACAUACAUAGAUAUAUACAUAUGUAUAUAGAUAACAUUGUUUUUGUGUAUUAUUAAGCGUUGAUAUUUAUAUUUC